GUCGCUGCUGGUCGCUGCUGGUCGCUGCUGGUCGCUGCUGGUCGCUGCUGGUCGCUGCUGGUCGCUGCUGGUCGUUCCCUCGUCAAAACCAUUAUGGGACCGAGACUCGCGUUGCUUGGUCUUUUAAUCGUGCUCCUUCUUUCGGGCAACGACGCCAGGAAGAGCUCUCGAAAAUCGGGAUCGGGUGGAUAUCGCUCUUCUCAGAGACCGACGCCGUCAUCUCGAAAACCACAGGAGACUCACGGAUCGAGUCCGGGAAAGAUCGGAUGGAACGUCCCUCCGGCGAAUCAACCCGGUUCCAACGUUAACGCCAAACCGUCGGCUCCUCUUCCGGAGUCUCACGCCUCCAAGACGAGCGCAACGAACGUUCAAUCGGGUUACAGUCCCUCGGGUGGUUACGGGCACCCGGGAGGAGCGCAGCCUUACAACCCAUCGGUCAACCAGGGGAACAAUCCGGGGUACAAUCCGGGGUACAAUCCGGGGUACAAUCCGGGGUACAAUCAGGGGUACAAUCCCGCGUACAACGCGCCGCCGCCGGCCUACGGCCAACAGUAUCACCCGAGCUACGGACAGUCGUUCAAUCCCUCCCUCGGAGGUGGGUACAAUCCCUCCGUUGGCCAGCCCCCGCAGACCGUCCUACUGAUGUCCGGUCAGUCCGGUCAGUCCAGCCGACCGGGCAUCGGUCAGCUGGCCAAGGAAGCUCUGGUCUUUGCCGGCGUCAGCGCGGGAGUGCACGCAGCCGUUAACAGGCUCCUCCCGGGCCAAACUCACCGGGGAGGGGACUCCAACACCCAGAUCACCUACAACAACUAUUACAACAAUCGGACCGAGAGCGAGGCACCCGCAGGCAACGGGGAGAAAAGCGCUCCCGAUCCCGUCCCCGUCGCCAACGCCAACGCCAACGCCAACGCCAACGUUUCGCCCAGCCAGAACGCAGCGCCCGCGUCCCAGGGGUCGCUCGCCAAUGCCAACUCGCCGGACCCUCGGGACAAGGCCAACCCGAGUCCCAUGGGAUACGUUAUAAGCAAGGACGACAUUUACAAACUGACGGAAGAAUUGUUCAAGAAGGACGCGAACAACGCGAACAAGUAUAUAACGGUGAAUUUGCAAGGCCAGAAAAAAGAUGACAGUACGACGGACGACGCUCCCGAAUCCCUGUUGACCGUCAAACCCGAGGCUCUCGAGAUCCCAACGAUUAAGGCGGUUCGAGCCCUGUACGACAAUUACGAAAUGGAUGUCAAAACGAAGGAGAUCGUAACCGCGGAAGAACGUAAAGAAGAAGAGGAACUCCUCGACGCCAUGUUAAAGACCGACGUCGUCUUAACCGCGAUGAAAUUUUUAGCGGAGAAGGGAUACGUUCCGAACGACGAGUACGAGUUCAAAGAUGCCCUUAAACGCAUUUGGUUUUCGCAGUUUAAACGAAUCGACGGAGACGCCUCCAGUUCCGGUUUCGAGACCGUCUUCCUGGCGGAAAAAUUGGAUAACGAGAUUCUUGGUUUACACGACUGGAUCUACUUUGCCGAACAAGAAUCGAGGAAGAACGAAAAUUAUCUUGGCUACAUCAAAGAGGUCAAGCUCGGAAACGACGGUGCUGUAAUUAAACUGCGCGGGACGCUCAACGAAAUAUUGCAGCCAGUAACGACGAUAUUCGUCGGGACGUCGCCGGAGCUGGAAAUGGCUCUGUACACGAUCUGCUUCUUCACGCGACCCAACGGCCCGUGUCCCGUCUCUCUCGGAGGAACCGAAUUUCUGAUAAUCGCGCAUCGCGUCAACUACUUUGGCAAAGAUAUUCUGAUAUCGGCGUAUCCUGAAAUCUGACGUUAACUUGCACCCUUUCUUUGUAUGUAUUUUAAUCCAGUUAUCGAAAGGAUGCGUCGACUAAUUUUCCUACAUUUUGUACAUUUAAUACCGUUGCUGUCAGAAAAUACUCUAAAGUAAAUAAUCUAGAGAAGAGGAUAAGUUAAGAAUGACGAAACAUACGAUAUAUAACCAAUAUACCACUAUUUUGCUUU